AUGGCCGUUAUCGUAAACACCUUCAUCCUCGCCUUGGCCGCUAGUUUACUGCUGAUGAGCUAUGCCGCAGCGGAUCCGAAGAAACCGGACGAAAAGGUGAUGUCGAUCGAUGGAGCGGAGUCGUUGGGCAUUAAACCAGUCGAUCAGAUGUUCGGCGAGUUGGAAGGAUUCCGCAUGCGAAGGGCUGCGCCGGGUUUCGAAGGAGUACGUGAACGCCGUGCCGCUCAGCAGGGACAGGAUGGCAAUGGACGAGGUGGUGGCCAAGGUGGUGGCCAAGGUGGACAGGGUGGCCAACGUGGACCUCCGAACGGCCAGGGACAAGGCAAUGGACAGGGAGGCCAAAACAGUGGCGGGAAUUAGAUGCGGAUUCGCAGUGGCAAUGUAAGUGCACUAUGCAGUGAAAUAUAAAUCGACCAAAUAAGUGUGAAGCAUCAAUUCGGAGAACUUGUUUUCGUUCAAUGGUAUCAGAGAAGACGUAAUUGGUUUUAAAUAGAAAAAAAUCUACAACGGUCGUACCAUUUUUAUUCCAUCAACCGCGAACUCGCCUCACACUUUUAGACUCGCGUGAUUCUGUUUUAGUUCCUCUUAAAACUAUCGAAAUUGUUUCGAAAAUCGAUUAAUCUAAACACAGCUCGGUACAUUUUAAAAUUUAGCCUUUAUCCUUCGUUCUACUUUUUCUUUCUUUUGGGAUGUGACAUUGGUCGAAAAACAGAAAAUAGUAAACUUUAUAAGUUAAUAAAUACCAUUUUUCCU